AUGGCUCACGUUGCAACUACUACCACUCCCAUGAUCAAAGCUGUUUUACUGUUGUCCAUGGCGGCUUCGCUUGCCACAGUUUCAGCUCGACCGUUGUCAGUGACCUCCGGUGCCACCGCCCUUCACGCGCGUCUAAGGCUGGAUGAGGAAGAUUCCGGCGGGGGUUCGUCGUCGUGCUGGGAGUCAUUGUUCGCCCUGCGGGCCUGCACCGGCGAAGUCAUCCUGUUCUUCGUGAACGGGGAGAAGUAUCUCGGGCAGGGCUGCUGCCGUGCCGUUAGGACUAUUCAUCAUAACUGCUGGGCCAAUUCCGUGUUUGGCUCGCUUGGACUGACCACUCAGGAGUUUGAUAUUCUUCAAGGAUAUUGCGACGCCACCGCCGAUGACGAUCACUCUCCUCCGCCGCCGUCACCGCCACCUUCUCCUCAGCCUAUCACUCCUACCCCUUGGCUACAACCUUCUCCUCAACCUAUCGAUUCAACUGCUUCCGUUUUCAGCUUCGACGCUACAACUCCAUAG